UUGUUCUUAUCAAAGGAGCCGGGAGGGGUGUGCCCCUCUGCUGGUUUCUGUGGUAACUAAUGAGCCCACCAGACGUCAAUUCCCCUAUAACUAGUAAUCUCCCCUUCCAUGUGGGAGCGAAGACUGCCACCCUGUCCUGCCCGCUGUCUGCCACACACGGUGGGGUGUCGCUCCAGGACCUUGCUUCAGACAUGUAAGGCCCCCAUCCAUUACACCAUUGAUGUCUCUGUUGCUGCAGACUCCGGGCUCUUUCUUUGGUCUUAAAGCUGGACAAGAGCAGGCCAUGUUGCCUGCUGUGUGCAGCCCAACAGAGGUAUCUUGGAAAAUCAGUUACUAGCUGAGCAACAUUCAUGGCAUUCAUCCUGAGGCUUCUGGAGCUUGGCCGGCCAGUUGGGUGAAUUUAAGAAGCAUGUGUUUGGGGAUGCUUCUUACUGCAGGUGGUUCCUCUAUUGUUUUGUGCCUGAGGUUACAUUGUUUGCCCCUUGGCCAUGCCUGGUUCAGCUUGUGGGCUGGUUGAUGGAAAAUGAGACCACAUUGUUUUUCUGAAGAUGUGUUCCUGUAGCCCCUCCUGAAUUACAAGUAUGGCAUCUACCUUCCUACUUUUGGUUUGUUGACUGUUGACACUCACAUUGCCUCCUUGGCAUAGAAACCAGCCAGCUUCCCCACCAUCAGUUUAGGCCUUUUCUACCCAAACAGCUGAUCACAUCAUUACUUGUUUCUAGGUGGGGAGAAGAGAGAAUGAACCAAGAUGUGUGAACCAGGAGUUGGCAAGCAUUUUCUGUAAAGAGCCAGAUAGUAAAUAUUUUAGGAUUUGUGGGUCAUACAGUUUCAGUUGCAGCUACUCAACUCUGGUGUUAUAGCACUAGAGCAGCUGUACACAGUACAUAAACGAAUGGGUCUGGCUGUGUUCCAGUAAAAUUUUAUUUACAAAAACAGGUGUGGGCCAGACCCGUUGCCUUACCCAUAUUGUAUACUGAUAUGGCCUUGGUAAAGUUAAAGUUUUUGGAGUAGAUUACACUUGCUUUAUUGCCCCAGCGUAUACUUCAGAAAUCGGAAGCAUCUCUUGUUAAAGAGUACAGGUGAACCAGAAGUGAAAAACUUUCUUUUUCCAGCUUACUGCAGGUGAUCAUGGGACUGUCCUGGUCGGUGACUGGAUAACUGACAUAGGAGAAGUCACUGUUAUAUUUUGCAUCUCAUCUUUAAAGUCUUGUAGCUCUGCUGAAGCUUGAGGCAGACUAUUCCAAAGCAUUGACUAAAGACACCGUGCUCCCUUUCUGUCUUAGUUGAAGCUGAGGAUGCUUAGCUGCUUGCACAAUGGCAGGCCAGAGGAGACCGUGAUGGCUCCUGUGUUCCAGUGGACCUGAGCGGCUGUGUGCAGGGCCGUGAAGAUUGGGGACCACAAAUUCAGUGCUCACCGGAUCGUCUUAGCAGCCUCAAUCCCGUAUUUCCACGCUAUGUUUACAAAUGACAUGAUGGAGUGCAAGCAGGAUGAGAUUGUAAUGCAAGGAAUGGACCCAAGCGCCCUGGAAGCUCUGAUCAACUUUGCCUACAACGGUCACCUUGCCAUUGACCAGCAAAAUGUCCAGUCGUUGCUGAUGGGGGCGAGUUUCCUGCAGCUGCAGAGCAUCAAAGACGCCUGCUGCACAUUCCUCCGAGAACGGCUUCACCCCAAAAACUGCCUGGGUGUACGCCAGUUUGCUGAGACCAUGAUGUGUGCCGUGCUAUACGACGCGGCCAACAGCUUCAUCCACCAGCACUUUGUGGAGGUGUCCGUGUCGGAAGAGUUCCUGGCCCUGCCCCUGGAAGACGUGCUUGAGCUGGUGUCUCGGGAUGAGCUGAAUGUGAAAUCAGAGGAGCAGGUCUUUGAGGCCGUGUUGGCCUGGGUCAGAUACGACCGGGAGCAGAGGGGACCCUGCCUGCCUGAGCUGCUGUCCAGUAUCCGCCUGCCCCUCUGCCGGCCCCAGUUCCUGUCAGACCGAGUGCAGCAGGAUGACCUGGUGCGUUGCUGCCACAAAUGCAGGGACCUGGUGGAUGAAGCAAAGGACUAUCACCUCAUGCCAGAGCGCCGGCCCCACCUGCCAGCUUUCAGAACUCGGCCUCGCUGCUGCACAUCUAUCGCUGGGCUCAUCUAUGCCGUGGGGGGCCUCAACUCAGCAGCAAAUUUUUAUGCAGGUGAUUCCCUGAAUGUGGUGGAAGUGUUCGACCCCAUCGCCAAUCGCUGGGAGAAGUGCCAUCCCAUGACCACAGCCCGCAGCCGUGUCGGUGUGGCCGUGGUGAACGGACUCCUCUAUGCCAUCGGGGGAUAUGACGGCCAGCUGCGGCUGAGCACUGUGGAGGUCUACAACCCAGAGACGGACACGUGGACCCGUGUGGGGAGCAUGAAUAGCAAGAGAAGUGCCAUGGGGACGGUCGUGCUGGACGGGCAGAUCUACGUCUGUGGUGGCUAUGAUGGCAACUCUUCUCUCAACUCUGUGGAGACCUACUCACCUGAGACGGACAAGUGGACUGUGGUGACCCCGAUGAGCUCCAAUCGCAGUGCUGCAGGGGUUACAGUCUUUGAGGGCAGGAUAUACGUGUCGGGCGGCCAUGACGGUUUGCAGAUCUUCAAUAGUGUGGAGCACUACAACCACCACACAGCCACCUGGCACCCGGCGGCUGGCAUGCUCAACAAGCGCUGCCGGCACGGAGCUGCAUCCCUGGGAAGCAAGAUGUUUGUGUGCGGGGGCUACGACGGCUCAGGCUUCCUCAGCAGCGCUGAGGUGUAUAGCUCUGUGGCGGACCAGUGGUGCCUGAUAGUCCCCAUGCACACACGCCGGAGCCGGGUCUCCCUGGUGGCCAGCUGUGGGCGGCUCUACGCCGUGGGGGGCUACGAUGGACAGUCGAACCUGAGCUCGGUGGAGAUGUACGACCCAGACACGGACCGCUGGACGUUUAUGGCCCCCAUGGCAUGUCACGAGGGAGGGGUCGGUGUGGGCUGCAUCCCUCUCCUCACCAUCUAAGGCGAAGGGUGGGAUGUGGUGGAGUAGGGAUCUGGUACAAACACAGGCACUUCCUUCCAGGGUUAGUCCCCCUCGGAAGAGGUGGUGGACCAGAAGACAGGGUGAAAUGUGAGCUCGCCAGAGGUACAGUUUUCCAGGUGCUUAAGUCCUCCCUCCCUGUGCAGCCCUUGUGACCUUCAGGCCUAGGUCAUCAAGAUGCACAGCGUGGGACAGAAGCCCCUCUGGGUCCCACAGCUGGUGACACAGGACUGCUUUGCUGGUCCGCAUGUCCACAGGCUCCAUCCAAGCCCAGCUCCCACCUGCCACAGCUCUGUGGGUCGCCCAUCUGCAGAGUGUCUUCCAUCUGACACUCCUUGCCUACUGCUUGCCAGCUGUGUUGUGGCCAGUUUGCGAUGGGGUGGCUUCAGUGGCCAAGCGUGUUGGAAACUGUGGGGUGUGGGUGGGAGAGGAGGGACACAGGCCAGGUUGUCCUCACUGCGAGGCUGCAGCCAUGGCAGUGCUGGUUGCACACACGUACCUCCUCCUUCCAUCCGAGCGCACCGAGAAUUUUGUCUGCAUUGCUGAGUAAGCACGAAGAACAGAAGCUUUUCCUGUGUCUAAUUUUGGGAUUUCAGCGAGGUCUUUUUCAUCUUGUUCAGGAGAAACAGAGGGAGAGGAUAAAAGAUACUUGAAAGAAACUGAAGGAAAGUUAAAGAAACACUUGAAAGAAACUGAAAAGAAAAAUAAUUUUUUAAAGUGAACAUUUUUUUGCAAGAAGAAAACAUAAAAGACACUAGAGGCAAAUAUGUGUUUAAAUGGAAAACCACCCAACGUGAAAAGGGUGGUAUCCGCUCCCACAUUCGGAUCCCAGGGUCCUAAGGCCUCGCAUGGCACUCGGGGUUCCCUCUGAGCCCCUGUGUGUCCAGAAUCAGUGCGCACUCGACCAGUCCUGUAGCAAGGUGCUCGUGGGGUUUGUCUUCACACCCACUAUCAGAGGACUUUUUUAAUCGUAGGCUUAGCGAGUUGGCUAAGUUAUUGCCACUCUUCUAGGUGGGAGCUCCCAGCUUGUCGCUGGAGGCUCCAGAUGCCCCUGUGGUUAUCUCCCACUGCCACCAUGGCACUCAUGCAGAUUCCCACCCCACUUUCAUUCCUUCCUUGUUUGACCAGCAGGAAACAGCAGGUCUGGCCAGAUUCUCAUUUGCCCAUCUAUCAUUCUUGGAUAGUUUUCUUCAUCAUGAUGCUUCUGAGGUACAUUGACCAUUUGUACCUCUAGAACCUAACCAGAGACUUGGUCCUUCCACCAGCCACGGCUGGCUUGGUCCAGUAACCAUAUCUACCCUGCCAGUCCGCUGCUCCUCCAUCCACUCGCCAAUUCCAGGGGUCUGGUCUCCCCUCCAGCCCUUGGCAGACUGACCAGCAAGGUGGACCUUUAUAUUCUAGCAAAGCUGGCUUUAUGACAUAAAGAACUAAAAGCCGAAAGAAUCUCUUGCUGCUGCAAAGAACAGAUUUUAUAUUUCUUCCUAUGAUCUUAGCUAAUGACCUCUUGAAGAGACUCCAUGCUCCUCCUUCCUCCUCCCUGGAUGGGACCUUGAUGCUGCACAGUGGGACCCCAACAGGAGGACUCUUCUCUUACCAGUGCACUGGGCAGUGGAGCUGUCCUUCAACUGCUGCUGCCAAAAUUUGGUUUUCCAAAAUUCUUCCAGUAGAGACUAAAAGAGGAUACAUUUCCAAUGCAAGAUUGGGUCUCAGGGUCCCAAUCUCUACUUGGUUGGUCUCCUGCCCAUCGCUGCCUGCCUGGGUGUCCUGGAAGCCUGUUCAGAAAGGCACCAUGUGACACCUGAGACGUCUCUCCUACCCUGGGACUGUGAGGUUUACCAGUGUGUGCAAUCGCCAUGUUUCCAGAGGGAAGUACCUUUGUUACCUGCCACUUAGGAGCUGGGCCUCUGCUAAAAGCACUUGAAAAUGAUGUUUUUAUUUUAAAAGACUUAACAAUCUGAUAUAGUUGAGCCUGGGCUUGUGGUAGAGCUCUGGCAUUUCUCGCUCCCUGUCGGUUUGCCUGUUAGAGGUAGACUUGGAAGGAGGGUGGGGUCUGUUAUUCCUGUUAGAGAGGAGUUAUCAGUGCUUGUCUUCUUAUUAUAAGCCCCUUUCUUUUGUGAAUUUGCAACAGCACUGACAAACCUGGGUUGUGAAUGUGUAAAGAAUCAACCAGUGGACCUCACCAGGUCCUUAGGAUGCUGACCCAGAUUUUGCCAUUGGGGUUGAGAGAUCAUUUUCCCAUGAUCUGCUGCUCUUGUGAUAGCCUUCCUACAUCUACUCCCACCUCCUGGUGUAGAAGUUACACUGCUCCACCUGGGGUCAGUGUUUCCAAGUAAGAUGAAGCCAGUGCCUUGAUCUGGGCUCUGAGCUCAAGUGAGCAAACACUAACAUUUUCACACUCUCCACAGUUGGUUCUCAGUCUGACGGUGAUGACUGUUUACAGGUGGCUGGUCUGACCCUUUGGUGUUGGAGCCUUUCCAGUAAAACCAUGAAAAGAAGAGAUGCCACCCAUAGGUAUUGUGAAAAGGGUAUAGGGCAGAUACUGUGGACAGUGAACCUUGGGGUCCGGCCCAGCUCUGAGCAGAGGACUGUGGCAUUCGCUGUCCUAGGGUAUUUCCCCUUAGAUAACACGAGUAACCUUCUCUUCUGGGUUUCAUCCAAGAGCAAAGCCAGGAUGGGAGCUGAAGUCCAGCCUUUUGACUUGGCCACAGAGAUGUGAGUAGGUAGGAAUUCCGAUUCCCCCUCCCCCCAAUUUAUUGUUUCCCAGAAAAAUCUUAAUUCCUUUUAUUUAUAGAACGCAUGUCUUUUGUGUUAAGAAACCAAAGAGAAAUAAAGAGUACACUCCUAAUA